AUGGCCUCUCGACAACCUCCAGCUGGCGCCCGCGGCACUAACACCCGGUUCGCUCAGUUCAAGCUGGUUCUUCUUGGCGAGUCCGCUGUAGGAAAGAGUUCAAUAGUCUUGCGAUUUGUCAAGGACCAAUUCGAUUCCUAUCGCGAGUCCACCAUCGGUGCUGCCUUCUUGACCCAGACCAUCUCUCUCGAUGAGAACACUACUGUCAAGUUCGAGAUCUGGGAUACCGCCGGCCAGGAACGCUACAAGUCUCUCGCUCCCAUGUACUACCGAAAUGCAAACUGCGCCGUUGUCGUUUACGAUAUUACUCAAUCUGCAUCACUAGACAAGGCAAAGGCUUGGGUUAAGGAGCUACAACGCCAGGCGAAUGAGAACAUUGUCAUUGCCCUCGCAGGAAACAAGCUGGAUUUGGUUACUGAGCAACCCGACAAACGAGCCAUUCCUACUGCCGAUGCUGAGGCUUAUGCCCGUGAAGCUGGCCUCCUCUUCUUCGAGACUUCUGCCAAGACUGCCGAGAACGUCCAAACUCUUUUCACAGCCAUAGCUAAGAAGCUGCCUUUGGACCAAGCUGGUCCACGACAUGCUCGACCGGGACAACGACCGGGUGUCAGCCUGGCUCCCGAGAACUCCAACACUAACGUCAGCGGCCCUUGCAGCUGCUAA